AUGUUGUCCAGUAUCAAAAAUUUCCUUUAUCGCCAUAGAAGGAAGUUCAUUGUAACUGGUGCAGUGUUUGGCUCUCUAUAUUUACUUAUGAGCUAUGCCCAAAAACGACUAAGAGAAUGGCAAGAGAAAGAAGCAAAGAAAUUUUUCGAAAUGACACGAAAAAAACAACAUUUUGAAAGUACUGAAAGAACAUGCAAUCAGACUAUACUUUCUCUAUCCAAAAUUGUUUCAGAAAGUAUCCUAAGUGUACUUGAUACAGAAAAUAUUAUACAAAAAUUACAAAAUAAUCCUGACAGUAAGCUUGCCUUAUGGGAGCAAAUGAAAAUUAUGAUUUUUACUAGGAUUUGUGUCUUAGUAUAUGCACUGUCUAUAUUAAAUGUAACAUUGCGAGUGCAACUAAACAUUAUUGGAGGAUACCUAUAUAGAGACUCUGUCCAUGAAGAUGAACCACUUAUUGAUAGUGAGCUGCAAGCUAAAUAUUUAUCUUUGUGCCACCAUUUUGUAGGACCUGGAGUUGAAGAUUUAGUAAAACAAAUUGAGAAAGCAGUAAAAAGGGUUGUAGAACCUAUUUCAUUGAAAAAAAAAAUAACACUGCAAGAAGUAGAACAAGUGUUUUGGUCCAUACAAACAAUAUUAUGUACUGACACAAGUGAUGGUGACCCAGUAAAAAAAAUGGUACAUUAUUUGGUUAAUCAUACUGAAAUAAAUGAAGCUAAAUUUGAAACAAUUGUAAAGGAAACAAUGGAUAUUUUAGAAAGUGAUGAAGUCAUUUCAGUUGCUAUGUCAACUGUAAGUAGGAGCUUUUCUACAAUUGUGGAUGAAAUUGCAAAUUUAUUUGCUACAAAAUGGGUACCAACAAAAAAAAAUCAUUUAGAGGUCCUUGAAGAUCAUAUUGUCACCAACGGAGCAUUGAAAUUGGGGAGUGAAUUCAUAGAUGUGAAUAAAGUUGAGAUGCAUUUUGUAAAGCUAUUACCAGUUAUGAAUGAACUCAUAACAAAAAAUACUUGCAAAGGUAACACUAACAUUCCAGAUUUACUAACACAACAACUCACACUUAAUGAAAAACUUAAAGUGCUUGGUGCAAAUAUUUAUGAAGUUUUUAGUAAUACC